CAAAGUCCCCCUCUUGGUUAUUGGACUGCCCCACCCUAGUCCGACCCAAUGCCUAACCCGACCCGGGUCCGUUGCUUUGUUUUAUACCUAUAUAAAAACACAGAGAAACAGUGCAGAACUCUGUGAAGCCACUACCGCAACUGAGACAGAGAAAGACAGGAUGGCUUCCACAGCAGUUAUGAACUUAGCUCUCAUAAAGCCUUCACCUUUCUCUGUUCCCAAGCCUCAGAACCAUUCAAAGCCCAGGGUCUUCACUCUCCGGUGCUCCUCCGCCGCAGAUAAUGACGUCUCAGACUUGUCCAAAAGACCUUGGAAGCCUUCAGAUGCUAGACUUGUGCUUGAAGAUGGUUCUAUCUGGAGAGCAAAGUCAUUUGGUGCUUCAGGAACCCAAGUUGGUGAAGUUGUUUUUAAUACAUCCUUGACUGGGUAUCAAGAAAUUAUUACAGACCCAAGUUAUGCUGGCCAAUUUGUGUUGAUGACAAACCCCCAAAUUGGAAAUACUGGAGUAAAUUUUGAUGAUGAAGAAUCAAGGCAGUGCUUCCUUGGUGGUCUAGUAAUCAGAAAUUUAAGUAUCAGUACUUCAAAUUAUAGAUGUGCAAUAAGUCUUGGUGAUUAUUUCGCAGAAAGGAAUAUCAUGGGAAUUUAUGAUGUUGACACACGAGCUAUCACCCGCAGAUUACGACAAGAUGGAAGCCUUAUUGGUGUUUUGAGCACAGAAGAGACAAAAACAGAUGAAGAACUAUUGGAAAUGUCUCGAUCAUGGGAUAUUGUUGGGGUUGAUUUAAUAAGUGGUGUUUCGUGCAAGACUCCUUAUGAAUGGCUUGAUAAAACCAAUUCUGAAUGGGAAUUUAUGUCCAACCGAAACGAUGGGGAGGCUUUUCAUGUUGUUGCAUAUGAUUUUGGAAUCAAGAGCAACAUACUGAGGCGAUUGGCUUCCUAUGGUUGCAAAAUCACUGUGGUGCCUUCAACAUGGCCAGCAUCAGAGACUCUUAAGAUGAAACCAGAUGGGGUCCUUUUCAGCAAUGGCCCUGGAGACCCAUCUGCAGUUCCAUAUGCUGUUGAAACAGUCAAGGAGAUUCUUGGUAAGGUUCCUGUCUUUGGAAUAUGCAUGGGCCAUCAGUUAAUUGGCUUGGCAUUAGGUGGUACAACUUUUAAAAUGAAGUUCGGUCACCACGGAGGAAAUCAUCCCGUCCGUAACCUUCGUACUGGAGAUGUUGAGAUAAGCGCUCAGAAUCAUAAUUAUGCGGUUGACCCAAAGUCACUUCCAUAUGGUGUAGGAGUAACUCAUGUCAAUCUCAACGAUAAUAGCUGCGCUGGCCUUGCUUAUCCUGCACGAAAUAUAAUGUCUAUUCAGUACCACCCUGAAGCGUCCCCAGGACCUCAUGAUUCAGAUUAUGCUUUUCGAGAAUUCAUUGGGAUGAUGAAGAGAGUGGAAGUGAAUGCAUGAGCGAUAUCUGCAUUUAGCAACGAAUUGAGGGAUCAAGCCUAGAGCAGCAUGGUUGCAAAUGCCAAUACAGACAUUUAGGCCAUCCUGCCUGUCUACGGGAUUAACAUGUGCGGUUGCAGAGAACUAGUUAGAACUAUUCUUCCCUUAGUCUACCGUCAGUUUAUUUGUAAUGGGUAUUGUGUAAUAGUUGAGAUAAUCCAUUGCCAUUUAUAAUUGGCGUUUUUUGAAGAUUAAGUUUCUUACCCACCGUUUGUAGCUUGUAACAAAGAACUGUCUCAUGAAAUCAUGUCAAAAGAUUGUGAUCAUGCUAAAUGCUUGGAAAGUUGGAAGUAACUGUUAUUUCUUUACAACUGCUUUCCAGGAAAUUCUGGAUAGUACAAAUAUAUGUUGCCCAAUUUCAUUGUUUGAUC